CUCUCAUAUAAAAACAACCCAACAGUUUCAGACCCCCCCAACAUAUACAUCACACUUCUUACUUCUUACUUCUUAUUAUACCAUUUCAAUUUUUUCAACACUAAACCAUCUUUCCACUUUACAAAUUUCUCAAUAAAUAUUUAAUUAAACCCAUAAAAAAAAAAGAAUAUUUGAGCUAGUACUAAUGGGUAGAGAAUGGUACCUAAACUGGGGUACCAAAUCCUCCUCCAAGAAAGGAAGGACUAAUAAUAAAGGCGGUGGCGGAGGAAUAGGAAGAAAAUCAAGUACUCCGCCACCAGUUGCAGCAGCUGCAGCGGCAGCCACUGCAGGAGGAUGCAUGAAUGCUGUACUUCACAUGUUUGAUUUUCAGUUAUGCUUACAUCCUCAAGAUAGUUCUUUUCUCCCUGAUGAUCAUACUUCUUUAAAAGGUCUUGAAGCACCACGAAACAGCUUGGAAUCAAUAGAAGAGAAAGAAAAGGAUGAUUAUCAAGAUCAGUUUUCUAAGCGUAUUCAAGUGAAAACGAAUCGAAAAGACACAGGGCUGAAGCUGGUACAAACACCCAGAAGUAGAAUAGAAGACUUCUCAUCAGAUGGCAGCUCACCAGCAAGUGUAAGGACUCCAACCCUUGUUGCAAGACUUAUGGGCCUAGACAUUCUACCUGAAUCCAACACUACCACUCCAAGAUCAUCCCAUUCUCAUAUCUUACCUCAUCUCAAAACAACCACUAAACCCACCACUAAUAAGCCCAAUGGGCCUAGCCCAAGCCCACAAAGAUCAUCAUCCAUCUCGACUCGAAGGCGGGCCAUGGAUGUUGUUGAUCAUCAUAGACUAUCUCUUCAAAUCAACAAGGAGAAUAGUAUUGUGAAGGAAAUGGAGUUGUCUAGGCCAUCUUGCUCAUCAAUAAGUACAAAAAGAAAAGAAGGGAAAAAAUUUUGUCAUGAAGAAGAGGUUACUAAAAGUCCUAGCUAUUAUGCUAGGCAAAUUAUGAAACAAGUUAGGGAAAGUGUUAGUAGAAGAGUUGGUGUUGAUAUUACUAAUACAAUUAGUAAUGGUAAUAAAAAAGAUCAUUAUAGAAGAGAUGAACAUCUUUUGUCAUAUUCAUUAUCAAAAACAAGAUCAUCAAAACCCAAAAAGAUCAAGAAAAAUUCAUCAUAUCAUGAUGAAAAUAAUAAAGUUAUGAGUAUGAACUCAAAAAUUGAUCAUCAACAUCAACAGCAGCAACAACAACAACAGAAGACUAUGGUUGAUAGAGAUUUAGAACAAAAAAUGGUGAGGGAAAAUAAUGAGGAUAUGAAUGUAAAGAAGAUGAAUUUGGUGAAAAAGAAGCCCUUUUUGAAGUCUUAUGAUUCAUUAAAGAAUAAGAAAGAUGAACAAUUUGUUAGAGCUUCAAUGAAUAAUAAGAAGAGUAAGACCAAGACUAUGUUGUCUAGUGAUCUUAUUCAUGGUACAAUUCCUUCAGUUGUCACACUCAAGAACAAGACUACUACAAAAUUACUUGACAAAGAGGGAACUUCAUCAAAUGUUCAAUUUUCAAAACCUAUCAUGAAAAACACCAGCAUUGGAACUACAAUCACAACCACGACCACAACCAGUCCAACAAGUCGGUUAUCUCGUUAUCCGAGGCAAGGGAUAAACGAGAAAAUAAAGGCGGAAGAAAAAGCGACGCACGUACCCGCGGACCAUUGGAAAAGCAGGCCAAAAGAUGCAACAACCAACUCUGUGAUGGAGUUUCAGUACAUCACAAAAAUCCUUAAAUGUACUGGAAUUGACAGAGACACACCAAUUUCUUUCAUGAGAUGGUUUUUACCUUCUCAUCCAUUAGACCCAUCAAUUUACCAUAAUUUAGAAGCUACCCAUUAUCUUACAACAAGUGAUAAAUUUGCUUGUGAUAGAUUAAACCUUUCUAUUAAUAGAAAGUUAAUUUUUCAUCUGGUAGAUGAAAUGUUAGCUGAUAUAUUGAAACCUUACGUUGAUCAUCAUUAUCAUUAUCUUAAUUAUGUUGAUAAGCAUCAUUAUCAACAUAUUAAUGGGUUUCAAUUAGUGAAGAUAUUGUGCACCAAAAUCCGAAGUUUUCCUUGUUCAAAUUGCCAAACUCUACAAGAUAUUGAUGCAUUAGUUGAGAAAGAUAUGCAACAAUUUGGAAGGUCAAGUAACUUGAUUGAUGAUGAAGAUGAAGGUGAAGAAAUUGUUUCAACAAUGGUCGGCGAAAUUAUGGAUUCUCUAGUACAAGAAAUUUGUUGCACUGGAUAGAUCGAAAACAAUUUUUUUAUUUUUACAAGAAUAAGGUUGUAUAAUCGACUCCUAAAAACCGCCAGCGUUGUUAAUAGCAUUAAGGUAAUGGAAUUUGAAUCGAAAUAGCAAGAUUAUUAUGGUUAAUAUUAGAAUAAUUAGGAAUUGUUAGGAUUAUGUCAAUGAUAAUGUAAAGAAUAAUAAUGUUAGUUUUAGUUAGUAGAGGUUUUUUUUCUUGUUUUUAUCAAAUUUUUUAGGAAAUGGUGAAUGGACCAUAUAUGUAAAUAGUAUUCAAAUGGGUGCUAAUUAGUGAUUUUGUAAGAUGGUUUUUGUUGGUUUUUUGCUAACAUCAUUAUGAGUUAUGUAAAUGGGGG